AUGUCGCCUUUAUUGAACGAGACAAGCAUAAUGCAAGAUUCUCAAAGUCUCCGGUCUCACACACGGUCGCUUGAAGAAGAUGCACUAGAGCAGCUCCUGAAGGAGCACACCAAGUCCAUCGCAUGGAAAUCGGCCGGUCCGGCAGCAAGCGAUUUUAGGAGUAUGGUUUCCAGCACCAUCGUCAGCAUGAUAUCCAUCGUGAAUACCACCCUACGAGACGAUGUCUUCCAAGAAGACACCACAACUACGGAAUUCGAGUGUGAUAUUGCUGCGAGGUGUGAUCAGUCAGCAGGUCUCUUUACUAUUACGGGAACAAUGGCCAACCAGUUAGGACUACGUACCCUUUUAACACAGCCACCACACGCAAUCCUGGCGGAUUCCCGGGCUCAUAUCCUCACCAACGAAGCUGGAGGCCCCGCUUUUAUGAGCGGUGCCAUGAUACAAGCGGUUGAACCGUCGAAUGGAAAAUAUCUGAGGCUUGAGGACAUAGAAGCCAACGCCGUUCUCACUAAUAACAUUCACAAAUGCCCGACGCGGGUUAUUGCCCUGGAAAAUACAAUCAGCGGGGUUAUUGUGCCACUCUCAGAAAUGGUUAAAAUUAGUCGCUGGGCACGUAAAAAAGAUAUCAAAAUCCACCUAGACGGCGCACGACUGUUUGAAGCCGUAGCUGCAGGAGCAGGAAGUUUGCAGGAAUAUUGUCGGCUUGUCGAUACCGUCACUGUGGACUUCAGCAAAGACUUGGGCGCCCCAAUGGGAGCCAUGCUGCUUGGUGGAAGUGAGCAUAUUGCACAGGCAAGAUGGAUAAGAAAGAGCAUUGGAGGUGGUAUGAGGCAGGCAGGUGUUCUAAGUGCCGCUGCGAGGGUCGCUGUGGAAGAGCAAUUUGGUUCUGGUGACUGUGGGCAAGCGGGUAAGCUCAGACGGGUACAUGAGAAUGCAAAGAAGGUAGGAGAGAUGUGGCAGAGCAGAGGGGGCAAGAUUACCAAAGAGAUUGAGACUAAUCAAGUAUGGAUCGAUCUUCAAGCUUUGGGAAUUGAGGAUGAGGAAUGGAAUGAGAUUGGUAGAAGUCAAGGCGUCUGCUUGGAUGGGCCACGGUUAGUUUUUCACCACCAGAUUGGAGAGGAAGCUAUUCAACAGCUAGGACGGGCAUUUGACAUUGUCAUAUCGCGUGUCGCAGAGCGUAAGGAAAAUUCAUAG